AGCGUAUACAACAAUUCAGUUAAAAAAAUUGUCUGGCGGCUCUGUUCAGUUCAGCUAGUCAUUUGUUUUCCUUUAUUUUAAUUUUCAAACAAAAUAAAUAUUAUCAAUAUAGUAGGUAAUUAUACAUGAUGUUUAAAAUCUCAAAGGAUAUACCACUAACCGGCUACACACUUGUCAUACCGACUGUGAGUGUUGGAAAUGUGGCCCAGUUGGCCGUAGAUCUGCUGAUUGAAACACUCAAAUUGAACAAAAUUGGUCUGCUUUGGCAUCCGGCUCUGAUUCCUGUGGUUGGUCCUCCAGCGUUCGAUCAUGAUGUGGAUAAGAUUACCACAACAGCAGAGUUAUUCGCAUCUGAACACCGUAAACUUCUAGUACUCCAGAUUCGUGCACCGCUUGUCGGAGCGUUACAAUCGGAUUUUCUCGACGAACUGACCGUUUUUGUACAAGAUCGGCAACUAGCAGAGAUCAUCGUUCUAAGCAGUAGUUUCGCCCAUGAGAAUCAUCAGAUUGGUGCCCGCCCGUACAAAUAUCUAGCAAAUGAACCAUUCCUUUCCGGUAAUGCAGAAACUUUGCAGGCCCUGCAAUGGGCCGUGCUGGAAGGAAACGUAAUUCACGGAGGCGGAUAUGCUACAAAAUUGCUGGACGCUUGCAGCGAAAAACAGUUGGCUUGUUUUAUACUGUUCAAUUACGUGUCCGAGGGAGACAAUAGAGCGGAUGCUGUUCAGCUGGUAUCACUGUUGGAUAAACUGAAGACACCGUUGUUCCCGAGAGAAUCCGAUGGAGUACAAAUCAAGUUGGCGAUACCCAGUUCUUGGAAGCAUCUGUUUGGCAAUUCCGCUCCCGUGAAUGUGUACUGAAUGGAAAUAAAGGGUACUUUUGGAUUUUUAA